AUGCGCUGCCGGAGGGAUGGAGUGCUUACCAGGACGAUCAAGGUCGCACCUAUUACGCCAAUCCCUCGACCGGUGAGACCAGUUGGGACCCUCCUGCCCCCGUUGCGCCCGCGCUCCCAGACGGCUGGACGGCCCACCAGGACCCUUCCACCGGGAAGACCUUCUAUGCCAAUUGCACCACCGGCGAGUCAAGCACUAGCCUCACGCGUGCAAGCUGGGAGCCGCCGACAGCACCAGCUGCGCCGGCUGCCCCCGCGCCGGAGAAGCCUGGCCGCUGGUCCGUGGACUUCACGUAUACUAUCGGGCCAGAAGGCUCGGAGCACAUAUUCUCGGGCAAGGUCCAACUGCUCGACAAAUCCGUGCAUAGCUCCGUAA